AUGGGGAAAAAAAGAGUAUUUAGUUCUUUAGAGAUAUCACUCAUUGUGAUGUUCAUUUUGGUCACAAUAAUAUCGGUAGUGUUUAUCGUACUAUUUGCAACAGGAGAACCAGGACUCAAGGAAAUAGUAACACCAACGAAUCCCCCAUUUGUACCACAGUGCCCUGAAACAAAUGUCAAUAACAGGAUAGACUGCCUUCCAAACCAAGUAGCUACUGAGAUGGCCUGCAAACAACGAGGAUGUUGUUGGGUGCCUUAUAAUGAGUACACUGCACCGUGGUGUUUCUAUACACACAGCCAUGGCUAUGAAGUUGUUCAUGGGAGGACUGCCACCACAGAAGGAUUUGAUGCUCAUCUGAAAAGGCUGCCUUCACCAAAAGUGUAUGGGACAGAAAUAGAGGAGCUACACCUUACUGCAGAAAUACAGACCAAAAAUCGGUUUAGAUUUAAGAUAACAGACCCUGUGAAUAAAAGAUUUGAAGUCCCUCAUGAGCAUGUAAAAAGUUUUACUGGAACAGCGGAACAAAACCCAAAUUAUAGCGUUGAUUUGGUAGAGAAACCUUUUGGCAUUAAGGUUACGAGGAAAACACCGGAUGCCAGAGUCCUAUUUGACACUACCAUAGGACCACUUCUGUAUGCUAAUCAGUUCCUGCAACUGUCCAUUAAACUACCCAGUAGCAAUAUAUAUGGUUUGGGGGAACAUGUACACCGGCAGUAUAAGCAUGAUACAUACUGGAAAAGGUGGCCUAUAUUUACCAGAGACUGGUUUCCCAAUGGAGAUGGAAGUAACUUGUAUGGUGCACAAACAUUUUUCUUGUGUUUGGAAGAUGAAAAAGGAUCAUCCUUUGGUGUAUUUUUAAUGAAUAGCAACGCGAUGGAAGUGUUAAUUCAACCUGCCCCAGCGAUUACAUAUCGAACAAUUGGAGGAAUUCUGGACUUCUAUGUCUUCGUUGGUAAUACACCAGAAGAAGUGGUUAUGGAAUACCUAGAGUUUAUUGGAAGACCGUACCUGCCGGCAUACUGGACUCUUGGUUUUCAUUUAAGCCGGUGGGGAUAUAAAACUCUCAAUGAGGUGAAAGAUGUGGUUGAAAGAAACAGAGCCAUCGAUCUACCAUAUGAUGUACAAUUUACUGACAUUGACUACAUGGAACAUAAAAAAGAUUUCACCUAUGACAAAGAAAAUUUUACUGAUCUUCCUCAAUUUGCUGAUGAGCUACAUGCCAAUGGUCAAAAAUAUAUAAUCAUCUUGGAUCCAGCUAUUGCCAUUUCACCACUAGUAAAUGGACCUUAUGAAGCAUAUGACAGAGGCCAACAACAAGGAGUUUGGGUAAAUGAGUCAGAUGGGAAAACCCCCGUUAUUGGAGAGGUGUGGCCUGGAGUUACAGUGUAUCCUGAUUAUACUAAUGAUGCCUGUACAAGAUGGUGGAUUAAUGAAUGCCUGGAAUUUUACAAGCAAGUGAAGUAUGAUGGCAUAUGGAUUGAUAUGAAUGAAGUUUCCAACUUUGUGAAAGGUUCAAGCAAAGGCUGUGUUGAUAACAAUUUAAACUAUCCCCCAUUCACACCUGCAAUUUUUGAACAAGUAAUGUAUUCCAAGACUCUCUGUAUGGAUGCGCAACAAGGCUGGGGAAUCCAUUAUGACGUCCAUAGUUUGUAUGGCUAUUCAAUGUGUCUUUCUACAGAGGAAGCCAUCAAAGCUGUUUUCCCUGGAAAAAGAAGCAUAAUUUUUUCCCGAUCUACUUUUGCUGGAUCAGGCAAAUACUCGGGACAUUGGCUUGGAGAUAAUGCUGCCAAUUGGAAUGAUAUUAAAUGGGCUAUACCAGGAAUGCUUGAGUUCAAUCUUUUUGGAAUACCUUAUAUUGGUGCAGACAUCUGUGGCUUUUUUGAUGACUGCUCUGAAGAGCUAUGCAGAAGAUGGAUGCAAGUCGGGGCCUUUUAUCCAUUUGCCAGAAACCACAAUGCUGAGAACUACAAGCCACAAGAUCCCGCUUCCUUUGGAGCAAAUUCCCUUCUUGUGAAUUCGUCAAGGCAUUAUUUAAACAUCCGUUAUACCCUGCUGCCCUAUCUUUAUACUCUUUUCUACAAAGCACAUACUAGAGGGGAAACUGUGGUGAGACCUCUACUUCAUGAAUUCUAUUCUGAUGACCAAACAUGGGCAGUAGACCAGCAAUUUUUAUGGGGAUCCGGUCUUCUAAUUACACCUGUUCUUAAUCCGGAUACUGAAUAUGUUGAUGCAUACAUUCCUGAUGCUGUGUGGUAUGACUAUGAAACAGGUGGAAAGUCUUCAUACAGAAAGGAACGUAUUUCUAUGUAUCUACCAGCAGACAAACUUGGACUUCAUCUCAGGGGAGGAUGCAUAUUCCCUACUCAGAAACCAGCUCGCACUACUGAUUACAGUCGUAAAAAUCCUCUUGGACUUAUAAUUGCUUUGGAUGAUGCAAACUCUGCCAAAGGAGAAUUCUACUGGGAUGAUCUAGAAUCUAGAGGCACCAUAGAAUCAGGCAACUAUAUUUUAUAUAGUUUCACUGUUUCCAAUAAUAUUCUAAGCAUGGAAGCAAUCACAGCAGCAUAUAAUGACCCAAACAAUCUAAAGUUUGAAGAAAUAAAAAUACUUGGACUGCCCAUGGGUAGUAGAAAUGUCACAGUAAGGAAAGGUGGUGUUGUGCAAUCCUCAGGUCAUUCGUUUAGACAUGAUUCCUACCAGGUUCUACACAUAACAGGACUCCAGAUGACAUUGGGAGAAUCUUAUACUGUGGAAUGGGAUCAGCUUGGCCCAGCUAGUUUGAAUGAUUCUGAAAAGUUUGAUUGCCAUCCUCUACCUGAUGCAACUGAACAGAAAUGUAUCAACAGGGGCUGCAUCUGGCAGGAGUCCAGUGUUGCAGGCAUACCAUUUUGUUACUAUCCGGAAGACUAUGGUUAUGUUGUUGACAAUGAAGUAGUAACAAAUACAGGUAUCACUGUGGAUAUAUCCUUGGGUGCGAAAAUUUCACAACGUUACAGUAAAGCCACCACUAUCAGCAAGCUGCAGGUUGCAGUAACAUUCCAUGAAAACCAUAUGCUCCAGUUCAAGAUCUUUGAUCCUAACAACAAAAGAUAUGAAGUUCCUGUGCCACUAAAUAAACCCAGCAGUCCAACAAGUACAGAGCAAGAGCGGCUUUAUGAAGUUGUUGUUGUUAAAGAUGGAAAGUUUGGACUACGGAUUAUCCGGAAAAGCAAUCGUGCUGUUAUCUGGGAUUCCUAUUUACCUGGAAUGACAUUCGAAGAUAUGUUUCUUCAGAUUUCCACCCGACUUCCCUCAGAUUAUGUCUUUGGUAUAGGGGAAACUGAGCAUAAAACUUUCCGACAUGAAAUGGGACGGAGACCUAUUGGCCUAUUUGCUAAAGAUCAGCCACCAGGAGACCAUCUCAAUUCAUAUGGUGUUCACCCAUUCUAUAUGGGGUUGGAUAAUGCUGGUAAUGCUCAUGGAGUUCUUCUUCUGAACAGCAAUGCUAUGGAUAUGACUUUACAGGAAACACCAGCUUUAACUUACCGCACCAUUGGUGGGAUUUUGGACUUUUAUGUUAUUCUUGGCCCGGAACCCGAAGUUGUUGUCCAACAAUACACAAAACUUAUUGGCCGUCCUGUUAUGCCAUCCUAUUGGGCUCUGGGAUUUCAGCUAUGUCGCUAUGGAUACCAGAAUGAUGCUGAAAUCGCUAGCUUGUAUGAUGAAAUGAAACGUGCUGAGAUUCCUUAUGAUGUGCAAUAUGCUGAUGUUGAUUACAUGGAGCGUCAAAUGGCCUUUACACUUGGUGCUGACUUCUCAGGAUUACCAGAUCUGGUUGACAGAAUAAGAUCAGAAGGAAUGAAAUUUAUUAUACUUUUGGAUCCAGCCAUUGCAGGAAAUGAAACCAAUCCCUAUCCAGCUAUUGAUAGAGGUGUUCAAGAUGAUGUGUUUAUCAAAUGGGCAGAUGGGAGUGGCAUAGUGUGGGGAAAGGUCUGGCCAGAUUUGCCCAACGUCACUGUUGACAAUUCUUUAGACUGGGAAACACAAGUUCAGCUUUACAGAGCUUAUGCUGCCUUCCCUGACUUUUUUAUGGAAAAGACAGCCAAAUGGUGGCACCGUGAAAUAGAAGAAUUCCGCCAGAAAUAUAUUAGGUUUGAUGGGAUCUGGAUAGAUAUGAAUGAGCCUUCCAGCUUUGUUCAUGGAUCUGUAAAUGGUUGCAGAAAUGAGACCUUGAAUAAUCCUGAAUAUAUGCCAGCUUUGGAGUCAAGACAUAUGGGAUUAUCACACAAGACCAUAUGUAUGGAAAGUCCACAACAUCUGCCCAAUGGAGAAACAGUUAACCAUUAUGAUGUCCACAAUUUGUAUGGAUGGUCUCACGCUAAACCAACAUUUGAUGCUCUGCGAAAUGUUACAGGAGAACGUGGAAUAAUUAUCUCUCGCUCUACAUAUCCAUCUUCUGGACAGUGGGUAGGACACUGGCUUGGUGACAAUACUGCUGCUUGGAAUCAAGUUGAUAAAUCUAUUAUUGGUAUGAUGGAUUUCAGUCUUUUUGGUAUUUCAUAUACUGGAGCAGACAUUUGUGGAUUCUUCCAAGAUACCACCAGAGAAUUAUGUGCCCGUUGGAUGCAGCUUGGAGCAUUUUACCCAUUUUCAAGAAAUCACAAUGGAAUAGGAUGGAGGAGACAAGAUCCAGUAAGCUUUGAUGCAGCAUUUGAAACUCUAUCAAAAAAUGUCCUGAAUAUUAGAUAUACGCUUUUGCCUUACUUAUAUACCUUAUUAUUUGAUGCUCAUACUAAAGGUUCCACCGUGGUGAGACCACUACUACAUGAAUUCACUGAAGAUAGGAACACCUGGGAUGUGUAUAAACAAUUCUUGUGGGGAUCAGCAUUCAUGAUCAGUGCUGUGGUUGAGGAAGGUAAAACAAGUGUAGAUGCUUAUUUUGCAGACACAGUUUGGUACGACUAUCACACGGGUGUUAAAGAAAAUACACGUCGAGGUUGGAAAGUGCUGCAGGCACCAAUUGACCACAUUAAUCUUCAUGUUCGGGGUGGCUAUAUUAUACCACAACAAGCUCCUGCCUUCAACACACAUCUUAGUCGCUUGAAUCCAAUGAAACUUCUGGUUGCUUUGGAUGAUAAUGAAAACGCCAAUGGACAUCUUUUCUGGGAUGAUGGUAAAAGCAUUGACUCAAUCGAACACGGCAUCUACAUUUUGUAUGACUUCAAUGCAAGCAAUAAUUCCAUUAGCUUGAAAGUAACACAUAAUAACUACAUGGACCCAAAUAAUCUGAUCUUUGAUGAAAUGAAAAUAUUUGGAUUGAAAAAACCUAUCAUGAAUAUAAUUGUAAGAAAAGAUGGUGCAAUACAACCUUCCUCUCACCAGAUUUUAUAUGAUAAUGUUAACCAGAUUGCACAUAUAACGGCUCUUCAUCUAUUGUUUGGAGAAUCAUAUACUCUGGAAUUCAGUGAAAAUAACAGAUUUGACUGUCAUCCUGAUGAAAACUCAAGUCAAGAAUCUUGUGAAAAACGUGGAUGCAUCUGGAGUAGUGCUGACAAUCCAGGAGUUCCAUUCUGUUUCUAUCCAAGCAGUUUUGGCUAUAAUGCCAGCAAUGUACAAACCACAGCUACAGGCAUUACAGCUAAUCUACAAAACGCACAGUCGUUCUUACGUUAUGACAUAUCUCCGCCAAUAGAAAACCUUCAUUUGUCUGUUGUGUAUCAUGAAAAUAAUAUGCUCCAAUUUAAGAUAUAUGAUCCUAACAAUAAACGGUAUGAAGUUCCAGUACCUAUAAAUACCCCAAACAGUCCAUCAAGUACAGAACAAGAGCGACUGUACGAUGUUCAGGUUGUUAAUAAUCCUUUUGGAAUUCAAAUUAGAAGGAGAAGCACUGGGACAGUCAUCUGGAAUUCUCAAGUUCCUGGACUCACCUUCUCAGACAUGUUCAUUCAGAUUUCAACUUUACUGCCCUCAACGUAUAUAUAUGGACUUGGAGAGACUGAACACCCAACUUUCCGUCUUGACCUCAAUUGGCACACAUGGGGAUAUUUUGCCAAAGACCAGCCCCCUGGUUACAAAGAAAAUGCAUAUGGAUUGCACCCCUUUUACAUGGGACUUGAAGAUGAUGGCAAUGCUCAUGGAGUUUUCCUGCUUAACAGCAAUGCUAUGGAUGUUACACUGCAGCCAACCCCAGCUCUAACAUAUCGUACAAUAGGUGGAAUUUUAGACUUUUUUGUCGUACUGGGUCCAACACCAGAGAAUGUUGUCCAGCAGUAUACUAAACUUAUAGGUCGCCCUGUUAUGCCAGCUUAUUGGUCCCUUGGAUUCCAAUUAUGUCGCUAUGGCUACAAGAAUGAUAGUGAGAUUGAACAAGUGUAUCAUGAUAUGGUGGCAGCACAAAUUCCAUAUGAUGUACAGUAUGCUGACAUUGAUUACAUGGAGAGACAAAUGGACUUCACUUUGGGCAAAGAUUUUGCAAGACUUCCUCAGAUAUUUGAUAGUAUCAGAUUAGAUGGAAUGCGAGUUAUCAUCAUGCUGGAUCCAGCAAUUGCAGGAAAUGAAACAGAACCUUAUCUACCAUUUACUAGAGGAAGGGAUCAGGAUGUGUUUAUUAAAUGGGAUGAUAAAAGUGACAUUGUAUGGGGAAAGGUCUGGCCAGAUUUACCUAAUGUUAUUGUUAAUAACUCACUUGAUUGGGACACACAAGUUGCGAUAUACAGAGCUCAUACAGCAUUUCCAGAUUUUUUUAAGAAUGAGACAGUGGAAUGGUGGAAGCAAGAAGUGAAAGAAUUUAGAGAACAAUUUAUUCGGUUUGAUGGCAUAUGGAUUGAUAUGAAUGAGCCUGCAAAUUUUGUACAUGGAUCAGUCAUUGGUUGCAGGAACCACACUUUGAACCAUCCCCCAUACAUGCCAGCCCUGAAUUCAAAAGAUAUGGGAUUGCAACACAAGACCAUAUGCAUGGACAGUCAGCAAUUCCUUCCAGAUGGCACCCCGGUGAGACACUAUGAUGUCCACAAUCUGUAUGGCUGGUCCCAUGCUAAGCCAACAUUUGAUAUCUUGCGCAACAUAACUGGAAAGAGAGGAAUUGUUGUCAGCCGUUCUACAUUUCCAACAGUUGGACAGUGGAUAGGACAUUGGCUGGGAGAUAACACAGCCGCCUGGAACCAGAUUGAUAAAUCUAUUAUUGGCAUGUUGGAGUUUAGUCUUUUUGGAAUGUCAUACACUGGUGCAGACAUUUGUGGUUUCUUUGGAGACACUACAUACGAGCUAUGUGCUCGCUGGAUGGAACUCGGAGCAUUCUACCCUUAUGCUAGAAAUCACAAUGGAAAAGACUACAUUAGACAAGAUCCAGUCAGUUUUGAUGAAAACUUUAAAUACCUUUCAAGAAAUGCUCUUAACAUCAGAUACACACUUUUGCCAUACCUUUACACCUUGAUGUUUGAAGCACACACAUUGGGUACAACUGUUAUCCGGCCCUUGUUACAUGAAUUUACCUCUGAUAAAGAAACAUGGGAUGUCUACAAACAAUUCUUAUGGGGACCAGCUUUUAUGAUUAGCCCAGUUCUUGAAGAUAACCAGAGAUCAGUGGAAGCAUAUAUACCAUAUGCUCGCUGGUAUGACUAUUACACGGGAAAAGCAGUUACAGAAAGAGGUAAAUGGUUAACUUUGGAAGCUCCCCUUGAGUACAUUAAUCUUCAUGUUAGAGGUGGAUAUAUAAUACCAUGGCAGGACCCUGCUAAUAACACUUUCUAUAGUCGGAAGAAAUCUAUGGGACUUCUGGUGGCCUUGGAUGAUGAUGGUCAAGCACAAGGCAAUCUUUUUUGGGAUGAUGGCGAAAGUAUAGAUUCAAUAGAAAACCAGAAUUAUUUCUUGGGAACAUUCAGUGCUGAUAAGAAUUCCAUUGUCUUGAAAGUAACACAUGGUAACUACACAGAUCCAAAUAAUCUGAUUUUUGAUGAAAUUAAAAUACUUGGAUUGAAUAAAACUAUCACAAAUUUAAUUGUGAGAAAAGACGGAGUAAUACAACCUUCCUCUCACCUAAUUUUAUAUGAUGACGUUAACCAGAUUGCACAUAUAACAGCUCUUCAUCUAUUGUUUGGAGAAUCAUAUACUCUGGAAUUCAGUGAAAAUAACAGAUUUGACUGUCAUCCUGAUGAAAACUCAAGUCAAGAAUCUUGUGAAAGACGUGGAUGCAUCUGGAGGAGUGCUGAUAAUGCUGGAGUACCAUUCUGCUUCUAUCCAAGCACUUUUGGUUAUAAUGCCAACAAUGUACAAAUCACAGCUACGGGCAUCACAGCAAAUCUACAAAACGCGCAGCCAUUUUCACGUUAUGACAUAUCUCCGCCAAUAGAAAACCUUCAUUUAUCUGUUGUGUAUCAUGAAAAUAAUAUGGUCCAAUUUAAGAUAUAUGAUCCUAACAAUAAACGGUAUGAAGUUCCAGUACCUAUAAAUACCCCAAACAGUCCAUCAAGUACAGAACAAGAGCGACUGUACGAUGUUCAGGUUGUUAAUAAUCCUUUUGGAAUUCAAAUUAGAAGGAGAAGCACUGGGACAGUCAUCUGGAAUUCUCAAGUUCCCGGAUUCACCUUCUCAGACAUGUUCAUUCAGAUUUCAAAUCUACUGCCCUCAUCUUAUAUAUAUGGACUUGGAGAGACUGAACACCAAACAUUCCGUCUUGACCUCAACUGGCACACCUGGGGAUAUUUUGCCAAAGACCAGCCCCCUGGAUACAAAGAAAAUGCAUAUGGAUUGCACCCCUUUUACAUGGGACUUGAAGAUGAUGGCAAUGCUCAUGGAGUAUUCCUGCUUAACAGCAAUGCUAUGGAUGUAACACUGCAGCCAACCCCAGCUCUAACAUAUCGUACAAUUGGUGGAAUUUUAGACUUUUUUGUUGUACUUGGUCCAACACCAGAGAAUGUUGUCCAGCAGUAUACUAAACUUAUAGGUCGCCCUGUUAUGCCAGCUUAUUGGUCCCUUGGAUUCCAGUUAUGUCGCUAUGGCUACAAAAAUGCAAGUGAGAUUGAACAAGUGUAUCAUGAUAUGGUGGCAGCACAAAUACCAUAUGAUGUACAGUAUGCUGACAUUGAUUACAUGGAGAGACAAAUGGACUUCACUUUGGGCAAAGAUUUUGCAAGACUUCCUGAAAUAUUUGAUAGUAUCAGAUUAGAUGGAAUGCGAGUUAUCAUCAUGCUGGAUCCAGCGAUUGCAGGAAACGAAACAGAACCUUAUCCACCAUUCACUAGAGGAAGGGAUCAGGACGUGUUUAUUAAAUGGGAUGAUAAAAGUGACAUUGUAUGGGGAAAGGUCUGGCCAGAUUUACCUAAUGUUGAUGUUGAUAACUCACUGGAUUGGGACACACAAGUUGCGAUAUACAGAGCUCAUACAGCAUUUCCAGAUUUUUUUAAGAAUGAGACAGUGGAAUGGUGGAAGCAAGAAGUGAAAGAAUUUAGAGAACGAUUUAUUCGGUUUGAUGGUAUAUGGAUUGAUAUGAAUGAACCUGCAAGUUUUGUGCAUGGAUCAGUUACUGGCUGCAGGAACAGUACUCUGAACCAUCCUCCAUACAUGCCAGCCCUGAAUUCAAAAGACUUGGGAUUGCAGCACAAGACUAUAUGCAUGGACAGUCAGCAAUUCCUUCCAGAUGGCACCCCGGUGAGACACUAUGAUGUCCACAAUCUGUAUGGCUGGUCCCAUGCUAAACCAACAUAUGAUGUAUUGCGCAACAUAACUGGAAAGAGAGGAAUCAUUGUUAGCCGUUCUACAUUUCCAACAGUUGGACAAUGGAUAGGACAUUGGCUGGGAGAUAACACAGCUGCCUGGAAUCAGAUCGAUAAAUCUAUUAUUGGCAUGAUGGAGUUUAGUCUUUUUGGGAUGUCAUAUACUGGCGCAGACAUUUGCGGUUUCUUUGGAGACACUACAUAUGAGCUAUGUGCUCGCUGGAUGGAACUUGGAGCAUUCUACCCUUAUGCUAGAAAUCACAAUGGAAAAGACUACAUUAGGCAAGAUCCUGUUAGUUUUGAUGAAAACUUUAAAGACCUUUCAAGAAAUGUUCUCAACAUCAGAUACAAACUUUUGCCAUACCUUUACACCUUGAUGUUUGAAGCACAUACAUUGGGUGCAACUGUUAUCCGUCCCUUGUUACAUGAAUUUACUUCCGAUAAAGAAACUUGGGAUGUCUACAAACAAUUCUUAUGGGGACCAGCUUUUAUGAUCAGCCCAGUUCUUGAGGAUAACCAAAGAUCAGUGGAAGCAUAUAUACCAAAUGCUCGCUGGUAUGACUAUCACAUGGGAAAAGUAGUUACUGAAAGAGGUAAAUGGUUAACUUUGUCAGCUCCCCUUGAGUACAUUAAUCUUCAUGUUAGAGGUGGAUAUAUCAUACCAUGGCAGGAACCUGCUAAUACCACUGUCUACAGUCGGAAGAAAUUUAUGGGACUUCUGGUGGCCUUGGAUGAUGAUGGCAAAGCACAUGGCAAUCUUUUCUGGGAUGAUGGAGAAAGUAUAGAUUCAAUAGAAAAGCAGAAUUAUUUCUUGGGAACAUUCAGUGCUGAUAAGAACACUGUAACAAGUUUAAUAUCUAUGGAUAAUUACCUAUCUCCAGAAAAUCCAUUAAAUCUUGGACAUGUUUCCAUUUGGGGCCCUGGAAUAAAUGCAAGAAGUGUUUCAGUUUCAUAUAAUGGUACCAUUGAUGUCAUUAAUAAUUUUAAAGCAGAAAACGAGGUUUUAGAUAUCCAUCUAACAGACAAGCAGUAUAAUUUGGCAAUACCUAUUACAGUUACGUGGGAGAACUAAACCAACAGGUUUUCUCAUCUCUAAAAGACAUCACGUCUAGGAAGAUGGCAUUUUGUAACUAAUCUCCAUUUCGACAGAUUUUUUUUAUACUAGACAUCAAUAUCUAAAUAUGUAUUGC